UUCUGCAAGAUGUCUUUAUGAGGAGCCUGUUAAAUACCUCAUUUUGUGAAUCUCAGCAUUAUGAAUUCAACAUUAUUGGAGAUGGACACAAUAGAAUACUGCUUUGAAGACAUGAACAAAUCCUGUAUAAAAGAGCACAGAACUGUUGGUAUGAAGGUAGCUAUGUAUUUUGUCUUUGGUCUUACAGUCCUUAUUACAAUUGGUGGAAAUCUUGUAGUGAUUAUUUCCAUCUCUCACUUCAAGCAGCUUCACUCACCAAAUAACUUUCUUGUUCUUUCACUGGCAACCAUUGAUUUUCUCUUAGGUUUAAUUGUUCUCCCAUUUAGCAUGGUCAGAAUGGUUGAAACUUGCUGGUAUUUGGGAUCAUUCUUUUGCAGACUUCAUACAUCUUUUGACAUGUUGCUUUCCUUUGCCUCCAUUUUCCAUUUAUGUUUUAUCGCUAUUGAUCGGUAUUAUGCAGUAUGUGAGCCUCUUCAUUAUGCAAACAAAAUCAGCAUCAGAGUGUCCUCCAUUUUUAUUGGCAUUGUUUGGCUUUAUUCCCUGCUGUUUGGUUUCGGAUUGGUAUUCUUUAAAGGAAGGUUAGCAAGCACUGAUGAGCUGAUCAUUUCCAACUCUUGUGUGGGCUCAUGUUUUAUACAGUUUGAUAAACAUUGGGCAGUUCUGGGACCAUUACUAGUAUUUUUUCUUCCAGCAGUAGUGAUGAUUUCUCUAUAUGUGAAGAUUUUAAUUGUUGCCAGUAGGCAGGCAAAAGUAAUAAAAGAAAUAUCAGGGACAGUUGUUUAUCAGAAUGGCAAUAAAAACAAAAUAAAAGCAAACAGGGAGAGGAAAGCUGUAAAAACUCUGAGUAUUGUAAUGGGAAUAUAUCUGCUCUGUUAUGUGCCAUUUUCUGUUACUACUGUUACUGAUUUGUUCUUGAUUUUUUCUCCACCUGUGGUUAUAUUUGAUACCCUUAUAUGGUUGGGCUACUUCAAUUCUACAUGCAAUCCCAUAAUUUAUGCAUUUUUUUACCCUUGGUUUCAGAAGGCAUUCAAAAUAAUUAUAACAGGGAAUGUCUUUCAUUUUGGUUCUUCAUCCAUAAAUCUCUUUUCAGAUAAAUAUUAA